UUCUAUUUCUGUUCCGAUCGAACCUCUAUAAAUACAGUGACAGAGAAUAAGAUCGAGAUCGUUUUCUUUCCCUGCCUUCUAAAUCGGAACCCUAACCUGAAGUUCCAUGGAGUUCCUCCCAUCGAUGGAGGAGCAGCAGCUGCUGGUCUCGUCCUUCCUCCAGAUCGUUGUCGGCCAGACCACCGCCAUCGCCACCCAGUUCCUUCAGGCAACAAGGUGGAAUCUUCACGAUGCUAUUCGACUCUUCGCUCAUGUCAAAGAUGGCGGUGGGGUAUCAUCGCCUUCCAUGCCUCCGCCGAUCAAUGGAAAUUUUAGGCUUCAAUCAGAUCAAGUGCUUGCGUCGUGCAAUUCUGAUUUAGUAUCAAGGCGAGCUGCAUGGGAGUCAAAAGAAAGCGUACCUUCAACAGCAAAUGCUUCCCAUGAUAAGGUUUCUUCACUGCCACUUGACUUGAUACGCCAAGGAAUUUCUGACCAGGGUUUUCUUCUGUUUGGUCCCAAGGCAAAUCAUUCUUCUCUUUGUCAAAAACGUCGAAGACCUUUUGAUUCUACAUUGCUGAACAUACAAGAUCCUUCUAAAAGGCUACGCCAACUUGACGAUGAACCUAACCUAGACAAAAAUGGUGGAGCCUUCUCAAGUGGUUAUCCUAUUCUUCCAGAAGAACCACAGGAUACCAAAGAAGUUUGUAGGAUACGGAUCCGUCUCCCUGAUGACGGACAUUUUAUUCAGCGAAACUUUUUCCGAGCUGACUCAACAAAGCUUCUGUGGUCUUUCUGUUCUUUGCAUCUAGAGGAUGGGCAAAAGCGAGGUUUCCACUUCACUCAAGUCAUCCCCGGUGCAUCAAAAACUCUGACAUACCGUAGCAACCUAACUUUUGAAGAAGCCGGAUUAUCAAAUUGGCUAAUCACAUUGGUUUGGGAUUGAAUAGGGUUAGUUUGCGGAUGAUUCGGGAUCCAAAUUUGCAGCAAGAAAGGUUUCUGUAAUGCCUGCCAUGCUUACUUGAAUAACCUUGUGCAUAGCUACCAAGAAAUACCAUUACAUUCUCAUUCUCGACACCGUUGCACAUCGAAGAACUAAGGCGCCAGUGAAAACUGUAGCCACGGGCGAAUCCAGACCUAACUAGCUCGACUAUGUUUUGGCAAGGGGCUUUCAAAUUACGGAAUUGCAUGGAAUGAAUUGAAGUUAUGAUUUAUAGUAGUUUUUUUUUUGGUUCAUUCCCUGUUCUUUAUUUCUUCAAUAGUUAUGAAUGGAGAAGAUACUCUUGUUCCAUACUUUGUCGAUAUCAUAAGUUUAAUAGAAAAGAUUGUUCUUGUUCCAAA